CCUGCGCUUUCGUGGGGUGGCGGCUUAGCCGUGGGUGAUACUCACUUGCCCUUCACAAUAAGCAACCUUCCCUGUUCCACCAUAACCAAGGUUCGCUACAUGAGCAGGAUUCAUCCAGCAUUGCUCUAUCUGACUAUUUACAACCCGACUUUACGUCCCAGUGAAGAGGUUUCCAAAGACGAUGAGGAUGCAGAAGAGCAAGCCCAGAUCCUUUUCUACACUUCACAGGAACGCGCGGCGUCGCGCGACAAGAUGCUAAGGCAGGUCGGACUCGCCAAGGCGCUCGUCAAUUUCUCUGAGAUAUUCCAUACGACCGACUCUUGCCACAAUGUACAUUCUCAAUCAAGAAGGAUGGUCAUGCUCAAUCCCGAACCUGACUUCUGGAUACACGCAGCGGUAGAGCUUGCAAAGACACCGCGGACGCUUCCGCCUAAAUCGAAGGAUAAGGGCAAGGGCAAGGCUAAUGACAAGGGAAAGGGCAAAGAGAAAGAGCAAGCAAGCGCUCUGCAACCCUCUUACGAUUAUCACGACGGUUCGCUUCACGAUUACGCACUUCGCGCCCACUUGCUUCGGGGAUACGAGCAAUUCAAGCUUUCGCAUGGGUCCUUCACCUCGAUUUUGAAUUCCCUCGGGCAAGAAGCAUUAGAGUUGCAGCUAGAACGGUUCUUCACCAUGUGGGCAUGGUCAUGGAAUCUCAGCAAGAGUUUUGAGUUGAACAACGACCUUGGAUUAUCGCUUCACCCAUUAUACCCCUCUAUUCUACCUCUACUGGAUACCUUUUCAUCUCAGUUACCGGCUGGACUGGAUGCAUUGUUUCUCUCUCCUCCGCACGUAGUUCCAUCUACCAGAUACAGACAAUCUAAUCAUACACCCGCGCUCUCGCGACACCUUCUGUCUCUCAUUCCACCACACGUACCGCGGCAUGAAGCGGACCAUCGUUCAGAAGCCUCGUCACUCACCGAAAAGGGAGCGACUGCAAACGCGGCAGCUAAAGAAGCCAUUUCUGGCGUUAUCCCCACCAGUGGAUUCUUGGGCAUGCCUUCUAGUCUCGCCAUGAGUAUGGACGUCCGGAAGUGGAGUUGGCCUGGGGCGUUGUCAUUUGGGAAGGUUGCUGAACGAAAAACGCCGGUGACAGAACAAGAAGGAAUCAAUUCUAUCCCCUCCGUGGCCGAAAGCACGAGUACGGUGACUGCGGUCGACAGGGGCGCUUUGGAGGAUGCAAUAUCCUCAACCGAUCUACGUGGCCUCCUGGAGAAGGCAGAUGAUAGAUUGCCCGGCACAGAUCCUGAUGCUACACACGAAGCGGGUUCGGAAAUGGAGCACAGUGGAGAUACUCCGCGACCUUCCAGAGUCCCAUCACCACUUCCCGCAGAUGCUUCAUCCACAGCUCCUCACGAACCCGAAAAAUCAGAUCCUUGCCGUCAAUUGGACUUCGCUUGUACAUUCGUAUUUCUAGCUGAAAGCGGUGAUCCGUUGCAAACUCACCGAAGGCAAGUCAUACAUCUAAGAUGUCAAGCCUUGGCCGUGGCUCUCACAGCGGAUGCUGAUCACGUAGAAGACUAUGAUAUGCAUGUUAUAUCUGAAGCUGCAUCCCAAUUGCUACGGGACGUUGAGAACCUGAUCGUUGCGGAGGCGACGCGGGCUUCUGAGACCUUACCUUCGGCGACGAAGAUUUUGCAACCCAAAGACAACUACCUCAUUAGUUUUGGCGAUUUUACUGCAGCCAGUCCUGACUUCGUCGCGAAGUCAGAUCACCUAUAUAACGGAAAGCAGCUAUUGGAACAGGAACUGCACGUCACUGAAGUAUUUUCCCGAGGUCAACAACCGCAGCACUGGCAUGUUUCGAAAAGGGACAGCACCGGUGGAGAAGAAAGAGAAGUUUUCCUCGAGGUUGCACGGAAGGAGACAAGUUUAUCUGACGUCGAUAAUAUCAUUCAAAGGCUUCAUUUAGAUUCAUUCUAGCUUGCGUUAAAGAUUUUUCUCAACCUAUAACGCAAGCGCCUCCCUAGCAGACGCUUUAUCGACCGUCAUAGACGUGGUCAACUAGUCGUGAUCAAUUCACGAUCACUUAUAGCCUAGCGAUGGUAAAAUGUAGUAUGUCCGAAACGCGUUAAUCACGCUCAUUCUCAGUCAGCUUCCUUGCGUCGAAGAACGACAAGCUUGAUCUGAACCAACCACCCUCUCAGCGUGCGAGUAUACACUGAACAGUACUGGUCGUCGCG